AUGUGAAUUCACAAUACUUAACUACAGCAGUUCACUAUUGUUAGUUUUCUCAAACCUAGAAUGAACAUCAUAUAGAUGUACAGUCUCUUAUUUGUUAAUAACAUUAAGCUUGGCUGAAUGGGUAAGAAAUCUACUUUGUAAUUUAGGUGGUUUGUGGUUCAAUCCGAUUGUGUAGAAUCUUGAUGAGGCUCUUAGCUAUAUGAAGCUGAGAGGAUCGUGUUGAAAAUUACACCUGAAAGUUUCGCAAAAUUUUAAAGUAUAUAAAACUCUUAAUUCUUUUGUCACCAUAUUUCCAUUGAAAUUUUGAAAUUGACAAAGAAUUUAGUAAAAUAUGUCAUUAUUAACCCUUUAGCGUUUAGAUUACUCUGUCAAAUGUAAUGCUUAUUUAUUCACAUUGUUUUGCAAUUAAUCAUGCAUUAUCUUGUAGCUUCAAGAUUUCAGUGAUGUGAUUGUUUAUUUUUAGGAAUGACAUUAGUAUAGGUGUGAAAGGCCAGAUCUGGCCAAAUUGAACAAGAAAUAAAUAGAAUGUUUUGGCUGGAUACAACUGGUUUAAAUGCUAAAGGGUUAAGCUAGUGUUUGGAGCAUAAUUUAACAUGAAAUUUUGAUGGAAGUUUUCAGUUUAGAUUACUUUAACUCUUCUCAUUACAUUUCUAUUGAAAUACACUGCCUUUGUAUUGAUUAAUUAUGAAAAUAAUGGUGAAUUUACUUAAGUAGCAUCAUUGUUAAGCUGGUUUUGAAACAUUGUUUGUUGUUGUUAGCACUCCGUCUCUUACGACGUCGAGGGUUCCAGUUGAUCCGAUCAACGGAACAGCCUGCUCGUGGAAUUAACGUGCAAGAGGCUGAGCACUCCACAGACACGUGUACCCUUAACGUAGUUCUCGGAGAUAUUCAGCGUGACACAGUGUGACACAGUGUGACAAGGCUGACCCUUUGAAUUACAGGCACAACAGAAACAGGAAGUAAGAGUGAGAGAAAGUUGUGGUGGAAGAGUACAGCAGGGUUCGCCACCAUCCCCUGCCAGAGCCUCGUGGAACUUUAGGUGUUUUCGCUCAAUAAACACUCACAAUGCCCUGUCUGGGAAUCGAAACCGCAAUCCUAUGACCGUGAGUUCACUGCCCUAACCACUGGGCCAUUGUGCCUCCACGGUUUUGGAACAGAAAGUAACAUAAACUUUCACUGAAGGAUUUUUCCUUGCUCCUUUUUUACUGUAUUUCUGUUGAAUUACUCUGACUUUGUUUCAAUUAAUUUUGAAAUUAUUGAAGGAUUUAGUGAAAUAACUUUGUCAUUAUGAAGCUGAUAUUUCCAGUGACAUGGAACAUAAAUUAACAUGAAAUUUUGAAGGAAGGUUUCGACUUGGGUCACUUUGAAUCAUGAAAUAUAGGUAUUAUAAAACCAAGGCUUAUCUGAGAUGGGUUCCUAUAAAAAGGUUAUUUAUCAUGAGGCCAUUGUGGGUUUUGAAUCCCCUGUAGUAUAUGGUCCUAGGAUGUAACAUUUUUUUUGCUGCAUUCAGUACUAUGAGCAACUGCCUUCUACCACAGCCCCAGUUUGGUCAAAUUUAAUGAAUGAAAACUGUGGGAGUCUGUUGGGGGGAUUACUGUUCAUAUGGGUAGUAAAUUUAAUGCAUCACUCAUAUAUAGUCUCCUUUUGGUAUGUUGGUGCUUUUGUGAGGAACAAUCUGUUGCAAGCAGUUUAGUGGAGAAAAUAAAUAUAUGAGAAAAAUUGGAUAACCUACUGUAUGAAGGGAAAUUUGGUGACUAUGAAAAUGUUCAACCAAGUUGACUUUGACAGGAUUUUAAUUCAGAACUGAGAUGGAGAGAACAAAUUUGUUCUGAUGCUCUAAUUAUUCUGAUGACUUGUUAAAUAAUAUAGAAUUUUAGAAAAGUUAAAUCAUUGAAAAAGGUUUAAUAUUGGAAUCCACUAUUUAAAUGGCAUUAAGGCAAUAUGCUGGCAGAAUCAUUAGCAUGCUAGGCAAAAUGUUUAGUGGCAUUUCAUCUGUCUGCAUGUUCUGAUGUUCGAAUUUAAUUGUGGUUGACUUUGCCUUUCAAACUUUUGGGGUCAGUAAAAUAAGUACCAGUUGAACACUGGGGUCAAUGUAAUCAGCUUGCCCCCUCCCCUGAAAUGUCAGACCUUGUGUCAAAAUUUGAAACCAGUUUCAGAACUCCCUGUGAUUCAAUGGUAAGUAAAGAAUACAAGAAAAGAAAGUCCAUUUAAAAAUUGUUGUUCCAGGAAAAAUAUGGAGUAUUAAAACUAAUUGGUGUUUCACUAGAAUAUAUAGGAUGUUAGAACUUUUGGUGAUUCUCAUAUAUUUUGGACCAUAGAUAUGGUGAUUAGUUAAACUCAUCAGUCUCAUUAGACAGUAGUAUUAUACUCCAUAAUCAUUACCUUAACACUCUGUCAUACCUCAGCCUCUCAACACCUGGCAUACAACCACCUCCUGCCUUUCAAUAUCUACUCCAUCCCUUCUUAGUUGAAGGGAUUUUUCCCUUUUUCCUGUCCUUUCUUGUCUUGCAAGCUACUUGGCAAACUCAUUAGUGCCAGUGGCAUGGAAAUAAAAUCAUGCAGCACACGCUGUAAAGUGGUUGGCAUUAAGAAGGGCAUCCAUCUAUAGAAUCCAUGCCAAAGCUGACAUUGGUGCUCAACACAGCCGUGCAGCUUGCCAGAUCCUGUCAAACCGUCCAACUCAUGUCAGUAUUGAAAAACGGACAUUAAACGAUGAUGAUGAUGAUAAUCCAGUAUUUGUAGAAAAGAAAUAAAUUCUUCAAAAGAAUGAAGAACCAUGACCAAUAGACAAAGAAGAACUUCAUCAUUCCAGCCUCAAACUUUGAGUCAAGGAAUUGAAACCAAACUAAAAUAUUUUCACUAAGAAGAAAGAAUAUUGACAGCAACCAUGGAUGUUGGAAACUUGAAGGAACACCCACGCACCUUGAUUCCAGAAUUGUGCCGCCAAUUCUAUCAUUUGGGUUGGUGCACAGGAACUGGUGGAGGAAUCAGCAUAAAACACAAUGAUCAAAUAUAUAUUGCUCCAUCAGGUGUUCAGAAAGAAAGAAUCAAGUCUGAAGAUCUGUUUAUUGUGAAUAUCAAUGGGGACACAACCGAGGAGCCGCCACCUUCCAAAAAGUUGAAGAUUUCUCAAUGCACUCCCUUGUUUAUGAAUGCCUUUACAAUGAGAGAUGCUGGUGCUGUGAUUCACACACAUUCAAAGUUUGCUGUGAUGGCAACGUUGUUAUUCCCUGGAACAGAGUUUCUUGUCACUGGCCUGGAAAUGAUCAAAGGGAUCAAGAAAUGUAAAUCAAAUGUUAAUUAUAACUAUAAUGAGCAGUUAGUGGUCCCUAUAAUUGAGAAUACUCCAUUUGAAAAGGACCUGAAGGAUGCUAUGGCUCAGGCUAUACAUGACUAUCCAGAAACAUGUGCUGUUCUUGUCCGAAGGCAUGGAGUUUAUGUAUGGGGUAAAACAUGGCAGCAAGCUAAAUCCAUGUGUGAGUGCUACGAUUAUCUUUUUGAUAUUGCAGUUCAAAUGAAGAUAGCAGGUCUGGAUCCUGCCAUACUUCCUAAACCACCCAAAGGUGCUUACGUUUCAAACAUAAAUUAGAAUGAUGCACAAAAUGCUUUUUAUUAUUUAGUUGACCACCUUUUUCUGUUCUGAGUUCAAGUCUUACCAAGUCUUACCAAAGUCAACUACGUAUUUUCAGAUUUUGAGAGGUUUUGGCACAGCCAUUUUGGCACUGCUGAUCCAAUGCUGACUUAUUUGACAUCGGACGUUUUAAUAUUUUUCUUAUUCUCUUCAUCCUUCUCACUUUCUGUCUGUCUCUGUUUAUGUGUGGUAUAUAUUUCUCUUCAUGUGCAUGAGGAGAGAGAAGGUGUUUAUGUCAGUUGUGUUCAUUUUUUUUUUUUUAUCUUAAGAAAGUUCAAAUCAAAGCAAGAAGCCACUUAGUGUUAGGGGCUAUGACGACAAAAGGAAUGAAUUGGCUUAUGACUUGAAAGAGUUUAGGUCAUAAGAAAGAGGAAGACAAUGGAAGAGAAUUCCAAAGUCUGGCAGUUCGAAGAACAAAGCUACGAUUUACAAUUGAUAAAUUGUAAUGUCUCUCUUUUCCAGCUCUCACUACCACUCUUUCUAUCUGCAUGUGUAUAUUUCUGCGUGCAAAUGUGUGUAUUUGUGUCUGUGUUUUCUCCAUUGCCAAAAAGUACUGAUGCCAAAACAGACUGACUGCCCAGUCAGCCAUGCCAAAUUGUCAACGUCCAAACAGCUGCACCUGAACAUCUCAUUCUAGCAUUUUUAUCCUUCAAGGUUUCAUGGAAUAAAGUACCUGUGAAAUACUGGAGUUGAUUUAAUUAAUUAAUUACACUGUGUAACACACGAUUUUUGUCCUUGGGUAGUCAUUGUUAUUUCCUAUUUGCUUACCCCUAAAAAAUAUGAAAGAUGGCUAAUAUUUCCUCAAAGUUUGCUUUUGUUACAUUCAUUCAAACCCCAAAGAAUCCUUAUCAGCACAUGGCUAUGAUGCCCCCCCCCCUCCACUACCCCUGUUCAUAAUUAGAGAUGCAUAUAUUGUUAGUCACUAAGGGACAUGCUCAAGUAGUUAAAGUCAAGCAACUGACAAAACAAAUCUUUGGUAUUGAGCAGAAUAUUUGCUAUUAUGAUAUUUCUGCUUCAGCAACUCAGUGCUGAAUCUGUCUGAAAUGUAAUGGAAAAUAGGUCAGUUUGAAAACAUUGAUGUCCAGGUCACAAAAGCAAAAUUGGAAGGGAAUAGUAGUCAUUUCCUUUGAUUUCUAGAUGGAAGUGAAUAAGAAAUAGCACUUACUGACCAAAGACAAAAUAACAUAAGAAUUUUGUUACACAGUGUUAUAUCUAGUCCAAAAUUUUCCAGAUUUAUACUAAUGUUAGAAAUCAAUAUUUAUAAAUCAAAUGUUUCUAAUUGAUAUUAUCAAUCUCACAUAGCCUCUAACAUUGGCUAAUCAAACAAUAGUCAGUUAUCUGUGACCAUAGUGAAGUAGUUAGUGCAAUG